AUGGAGGGCGCGUUUACUCACCUUGGGAAUCAUCUUGUCUCUGACUCUGCUGCCGCUAUUAACGCCGGCGACGAUGACCUGUCAACCCUUGACCCUGAUGAGAGUCUACUCUACGGCAAGUAUGGCGGCCGCGGCGGCCUAGGAAAUGGCCGACGUCGGAAUGAUGACGACGAUAACGAGACCGAAGUUUUCGACGAUGACGAUACCGAGAGCAUGGCGAGUGUCCCUGUCGGCGCUAUGAAGGGCCUGAACGUCAAGGCGCCUGAGGAGGACAAGGAGCUGCCCCCGCAUGCCUGCGCAUACUGCGGCAUCCACGCACCAGCUUCGGUAGUCAAGUGCCUUGCUUGCAACAAGUGGUUCUGCAGCGCACGAGGCAACGCAAGUUCGUCGCACAUCGUCAAUCAUCUUGUUCGCGCUCGUCACAAGGAGGUCCAGCUCCAUCCCGAGUCCGCGCUUGGCGACACGACCCUCGAGUGCUAUAACUGCGGUACCAAAAACGUCUUCCUCCUCGGCUUCAUCCCUGCCAAAUCCGAUACUGUUGUCGUCCUUCUAUGCCGACAACCUUGCGCUGCAGCGCCAUCCUCCAAAGACAUGAGCUGGGACAUUUCUAGAUGGCAACCCCUCAUCGAGGACCGCGGCUUUCUGCCGUGGCUCGUAACCCCACCGAGCGAUAACGAGCAGCUGCGUGCCCGACACCUGACCCCUCCCAUGAUCGCCAAGUUGGAAGAGAUGUGGAAGGACAAUGCAACUGCUACCAUCGCGGACCUGGAGAAGGCUGCGAGUGUCGAUGACGACCCUCUCCCAGUGUCCCUCAAGUACGAAGACCCCUUCGUGUACCAGAACAUCUUCGGUCCGCUCGUCAAGAUGGAGUCCGACUAUGACAAGAAACUCAAAGAAGCGCAGUCGGAAGACGGACUGGUCGUCAGAUGGGACAUGGGGCUGAACAACAAGCAUCUGGCCAGCUUUACUUUUCCUAAGCUGGAAUCUGGUGAUGUCAAGCUGGCCGUGGGUGACGAAAUGCGCAUCAAGUACAAGGGCGAGCUUCGCCCUCCUUGGGAGGGAGUCGGAUACGUGGUCAAGAUCCCUAACAACCAGUCUGAUGAAGUCACCCUGGAGUUGCGCAAGACGGGCAACGACAAAUCAGUCCCCACCGAGUGCACUCACAAUUUCUCAGCCGACUAUGUCUGGAAAGCUACCUCUUACGACCGCAUGCAGGCUGCCAUGAAGACAUUUGCUGUGGACGAGAUGAGUGUGUCUGGCUACAUCUUCCACAAGUUGCUCGGCCAUGAAGUUGCCGUUGCUCCCAUGAAGACGAACCUGCCUAAGAAGUUCAGUGUGCCUGGUCUUCCAGAGCUGAACAGCAGCCAGAUCAGUGCCAUCAAGAACGUAUUGGUCACGCCUCUGAGUCUUAUUCAGGGCCCUCCAGGAACCGGCAAGACGGUGACUUCUGCCACCAUCAUCUACCAUCUUGCCAAACUGAAUAACGGUCAGGUUCUUGUGUGUGCGCCUUCGAACGUUGCCGUGGACCAGCUUUGCGAACGGAUCAAUCUCACGGGGCUCAAGGUAGUACGCCUCACUGCCAAAUCCCGUGAAGAUGUGGAAUCCUCUGUCAGCUUCCUUGCUCUUCACGAGCAAGUCCGCAUGCUUGAUACCAACCCAGAGCUCAUGAAGCUCACUCAGCUCAAGAGUGAGCAAGGCGAGCUUUCCAGCCAGGAUGAAAAGAAAUUCAAGCAGUUGACACGUGCUGCCGAGCGCGAGAUUCUAAGCAAUGCCGACGUUGUGUGCUGCACCUGUGUCGGCGCCGGAGACCCGCGACUGGCUAAGAUGAAGUUCCGCAAUGUUCUCAUCGACGAAUCCACCCAGUCUGCUGAGCCCGAGUGCAUGAUCCCUCUUGUUUUGGGCUGCAAACAGGUUGUCCUUGUGGGAGAUCACAAGCAACUGGGACCUGUCAUCAUGAACAAGAAGGCCGCCAAGGCAGGCUUGAACCAGUCUCUAUUCGAGCGACUGGUGCGACUGGGGUUUACCCCUAUCCGACUCAACAUUCAGUAUCGUAUGCAUCCUUGCCUCUCGCAGUUUCCUUCCAACAUGUUCUAUGAAGGAUCGCUCCAAAAUGGUGUCUCUGCAGAGAGCAGACUCCGCAAAGAUGUCGACUUUCCUUGGCCUGUUAUGGAAUCACCCAUGAUGUUCUGGUCCAAUCUGGGCAACGAGGAGAUCUCUGCGUCCGGAACUUCUUACCUCAACCGCACUGAGGCUUCCAACGUCGAGAAGAUCGUAACUCGUUUCUUCAAGGCUGGCGUGCGUCCUGGGGACAUUGGUGUUAUCACUCCAUACGAGGGCCAGCGCAGCUACAUCGUCACCACGAUGCAGAACACCGGUACUUUCAAGAAGGAGAUGUACAAGGAGGUUGAGGUUGCAUCAGUCGAUGCCUUCCAGGGCCGUGAAAAGGACUUCAUCGUCCUGUCCUGCGUUCGAUCCAAUGACAACCAGGGUAUUGGCUUCCUUUCCGACCCCCGCCGGCUGAACGUCGCUCUCACUCGCGCCAAGUUUGGAGUUGUGAUCAUUGGCAACCCAAAGGUCUUGUCCAAGCAUGAUCUUUGGCACCAUCUCCUUGUCCACUUCAAGGAGAAGACAUGCCUCGUUGAGGGUCCUUUAUCUAACCUCCAGACUUCGUUGCUCCAAUUCAGUCGACCCAAGAAUGCUUUCCGUCAACGUCCGCAACAGACUUCCUAUGUCCCUGAACGUUUUCCCAAUGGGCUCUCUGGCGGGUACAACGGACAGCAUUCCAGUCAUGAUUUGGAGUCAGGUUCCGUCAUGUCCUACGUGCCUGAUGAUGCAUCCAGCAUUCAUAGUUCGACCCUCGGUGGUGCUGCUCUGGGCAACACAGCUUUCCCGCACAUGUUCUCCAACUUCAAUCCUGACCAAUGGCCUGGUCUUCCGGGUUUCAACCCAGCAUCAGGUGGCCGAAUGGGGGGCAAGAGCAGAGGUCGAGCGACUGAGAGCAUCGCCGGCGAGAGCGUUACGACGUCCGAGUACACCGAUGGGACUGCAAGCGUUAUAGGUGCCAAGGGUGUUGGCCAGGGUGGGGCAAGCCUCGGCGCUGGUCUCGACGCCCUUCGUUCGCGGCCUACGUCGUACACUCAUAGCGACCGACUGAAGCAGCAUGUUACUGACCAGGGCUAUCCUGGUUAUCCGAACGGCUUUCGCCGCCGGGUCGAUGAUGACGAAAAGUCUAUCAGCACGGCCUUUGCUAGCCAGAUCGGCGGUGGAUUUGAUUGA